CUACUUCCGCCUGUUGUCAUGGCGCUGUUUCGAUCUGUUGUCAAGAUUUCACUAAAAUUGAAAUUCUUAUGCAUGGUGUAUAUUUCAGUUUGUAUUUUUGGACGUGCACAUAUUCUUUAAUACCAAACUUAAAUAAGAGAUUAUAAACGACGGCGAAAUGUCUGAAUUAUCAGUUUUAGGGUUAACUUAAACGUAAACGAGAUGGAUUUAAAGGUUGCGUUAGCUUGCUCAUGCUAUUAGUUAUUAGCAUUAGGUUUCAAUUAGUGUUUACAGUUUUUGCCAUUACCUUUGUGAACUCUGUCGCUGCAAUGUCUGCACAGUUAUUGCUUAAUAGAGCCUCUGCUUCACUGGGACUUCAAAACCAGGGAAGAAAUUGGGUCUCUAUAGGCUCAACCCGAAACGUAAAGAACCACGAUUCGACUACUAGGACGUCUCAAACAAAGUUGUUGUUCAAUGAAGCCAUUCCUCUCAGUGUCAUCAACCGUGCCACUCGUGUAGAUCCUCCAGCCCCCAUUUUGAUAGAGAGACUGCUUCCAUGUUCAGAGAUGCAUGAGAGUGACGACAGCCUUAAAAGCUCCCACAGCUUCACCGUGCUCUCUGAGGAGCGGCUUCAGGCUGCUGUUAAACUGGCCAAGAGAGAUCUAAGACGAAGGCACCUCGUGUCACUUGCAAAAACCUCCCCUAAACCUUUCCAGGAGGCUUCUGUCUUUGAAACAAGUGAUGUUGAGUUGCUUCAGGAGCUGGUAGCAAUUCCAGGCAACCAAGAAUCAAAUAUGUCAUCAAAGAAGAAGAAGGCUCAAGUUGAUGCUAAACAGAGAGCAUCCAAGAACAAUCCUACUUCUUUCAUGCCUCGUGUUGGCCAGUCUCCUCCAACAAGAGACCCUGGUCUAAGACAGAAAGAAGCAGGCACACAGGGGCAGUUAAGCAAUGAGAUCCGCAAACUGCAGAAUGAGGUGGAAACGUAUAUUAGGAAAGUGGAGGAGCUAGCUAAUCGAGGGGAAAAACUGGAGGAGUCUUUGGAACCCGAAGAGCAAAGCAAACUGGAGAUACGCAGACAGAAACAGACAGCCCGCACAGCACGUAUUAUUUAUGUUCUUCUGCAACAGGUAAAAGAGAUACAAGAUGACAUUGAAAAGCUUAGAAAAGAGAAAAUGUGGGAGACCAAAAAGUCUGUUGCAGUAAACAGGCUUGCGGCAGCCCACCGUGGUGCUCUCAGGGCCUUACAGGUUAUCAUCCACCAGCUUUCCGAUCGACCUCAUAGCAAGGUGCCCCCUCAUUAUAAAGAACUGGGCCAGCUGAUCCGUCAGCUAUCUUUGUGCUCAGCUAAGCUCGACAUGGACCAAGGUUCAGCUGUGCCUGAGACUGCCCCGGAUAUCCUGCAGAAACUAGAGUUUUUAGAUUCAGCACUCGGUAAACAGGAGAGGUUUGAAAAGAUGCAGUGCCAGGACCAUCCUCCACACAGGAAGUCUCCUUAUUGCAGCACGUCUCCUACUAUUGGACCCAAGAGUCUCAGCACGUUACCCGCUCAAGCCCCUCGCAAACCCAUAAAUCCUAGAAGAGGUGUUCGUGAGCGAAAAGUUGUCUUGCAAAAGCCAAAAACUGCUUCUUACCGGCCUCUUUACACGAGAGAAAUGGUGAUGGCUGGUCUGCAGAACAUCGGCCAGCAGAGGGAGCUGAAAGAGCUGCAGAGGCAAUGGCGGCCAAACACUAACUACCAGGGAAGGCGGCAUGUUGAGAGAAGAAAAGCUGACCUCAUGAAGCCUGAUCAGAUGCAAGAUGCAGGUUUCCGACAGCCUACGGUUUCCUCACAACUCAGAGUGACUCAGCUGCCUCAAAAGGAGAAAUCUGUGCCCUGGAUACCAACAUCACCUCACUCUCCUCCUCAACAGCAAGCACCUCAGAGGGGGAGACUUGAGCCUCGCUGCCUCUUCUCUCCUGUGAACCCCUCAUCAAGCCCCCCAAGAGAGCAACAGGCAGGAGGUCAGUUGGAACCAGAGCAAAGGCUGAGCUCUGCAAUGAAGAAAGAAACUCAGAAUGAAGCAAUAAGGAGAGCUUAUCAGGAGACGAUGACUACGCAGAGAGCGAAUCAGCUCAGUGAAGAAGAGGCGCUACAAAUACAGAGAUUGCGGUCUGAAGUUGCAAUGCAGAACCAGUGGGCUGAGGAAGCAGAGCAGAGGGUCGCAGAGCAGGACGGUGUGGCCAGGAACAAGACUGACAUAUCGAGGAAGAUUUGGCUCUCUGAACGUGCUGGUGAGAAGGCAGUAGAUGCUUGUGAGCAGCUCAGUGAGACUGUGGAAGAAGAUCUGUUGGACACUUCUCAUGAUGCGUGGGCAGCAGAAACAGGCAGGCAGUUGGGUGAUAUAGCCCGGUGUGGGCUGCAGGCCCCGAACCUGGAGAACAUGCUGCUUCGUAUGGAGGAAAUACAGAGGGAUGAGGAAGAUGUAAGGAAACGGUUUGCCUCCAUUGUCUAUUCAGACCCUCGUUACUGGGACCAGUCAAGAACAACAGGAUCUCAGGCUCCAGGCUUUAGGCCGGCCUCUCCUCGACCAAUUAGGCUCACAAAGCCGGUGCCGAAACAGACUUCAGCAGCUGACAUCAUUCUGGAGAAACCCACAGAGGCAGGUUUCCUGUUUGAGAACAGCACGACAAAGGACCUAACCCAGGAGGAACACCUAGCCACAAACAAAAUAGUGUCCAAUGACAGACCAGAGAAAAGCAGCACUGUUAUCUCAGUGCCAAGCAGCAUGCUGAAAAGCAUCCGCCAGUACAAGGAAAACUACAACACCUACCUGCGUGCUGUGUCUCAUGGGGUUAUUGAUAGCUUCCACCCCUGGAUCGCUGCCGACAGCCUGGCAGAGGAGUUGCUAUCAGAGGCAUUGGCUGACGUGGCGAAAGAGUUUCAGGAUGUUGUGGAGGAGUACGCUGAGGCUGUCUUCACCUCAGAGUUUCUGCAGCCCAUCCAGUCACCUCCUGCUUCAGCUGAAGCUGUGAGCAAUCAGUAGGACGCCACAGCAAUGUGUCUGCUGCAGUUUCCAAUUACCUGUACCAUGUAUUUGUUCAUUGUAUUGAAUCUGCCUUUUUAGACAAGAACAACUUUUUGACACAAAACUACAAAUAUUUAUUUUCAUAGAAUUUAGCAUAUUUUGAAAAAAAAAAUUUUUUUCACAGCCUGUGUAUUUAUUUUUAAACUUUAUUUUAUGUUUUGAGCGAAAUAGAAUGUUAUUUUACUGAGAUGUCAGUUAUGUUUAAAGAAGCUGCUGCAGAUGAUAAAUGAAUUACACAGGGAAGCAAUGUCUCAUCACUCUCUAUGGUCCAUUUGUAUCUGUGAAAGUAUUCCUCGGGGAAAGUUAGUUUAUGGUAGAUAAGCUUGGAGAGACCAUUACGACAUUGCAGAGGAUUAUAAGAUAACUGUCCUCCCUUUGCACUUGGUUUAAAUCUCCCCGAGGAUUACUCGCUUUCUAUUUUCAUCGUGAAAUACGGAAAUGAAUAAUUCCAUAUGGUCUCCAUUUAGAAAUGUCUGGAAGGCAAAUCGCAACUCAUGUUUUUUUCCACUGCUGCUUGAAUUCUUCUUUUGCUUUAUUAUUAAAUAAAGGGUUUCCGUGCUUCA